CAAUUAUUAUAAUAAAACUUUAAAGUUAAAUUGCUAUUUGCCGACAAAAGACGAAGAAGCUGAAUUGCUACUAUUUUUUUUUCAAUUUUAUCGUUGACCAAAAUAAAUAAAAAUUGCUAUUUUAUCUAUACUUGGAAAUACAAACCAGUCAUUCAAAAGAAAAAAGGAAAUACAAACUUGUUUUAUACUCCUUAGCUGUGAAACCUAAUUGUCUCACCAACCCUAAAAGUUAGAGAUGGUGGACGAGACACGAGACGGAGACGGUGGCAGCAUCAUCGCUAGACACAGCUCCGAUUCUCCCCCAGACACCAAACCAGUCGACGAAACAGUGGAAGGUGUUGAUAUCAUCAGCUGUAUGCCGCAUGAGAUCAUCCACCAUAUCCUCUCGUUUAUUCCAACUCAGUACGGGAUCAGAACUUCCGCCUUGUCCAAAGCAUGGAGGCAUGUUUGGUGCCACACACCUUGUCUCGACUUUGAUUGUUUCAACAAAUAUGGACAUUGGGUAAAGUUUAAGGGUCGAGAUAUAAACCAAACCCUACGUUCCUACAGAGCACCGAAAAUCACGAGGUUCAAUCUUAGUUCGUGCAUGCAUUACCGUAACCCUCAGAGUGAGAUGAAUAGCUGGAUGGAGUUUGUUGUGUCCCGUAAUGUGGAAAAGUUGUAUCUGGUCUUGGAUGGUUCUAUUCAUUAUCGUUUACCAGAUUUCUUUUAUCGUAGUUCAUCCUUAGAGAAGCUCAGCGUGAAUUUUGAUAUGAUUCCGGAAUGCACAGUGUCUUGGAAAUCUCUAAGGAAGUUGGCAUUGAGGAGCUGUAAUCUCAAUGAUGAAUCUAUUGAUAAUAUUCUCUCUGGCUCUCCAAUGCUUGAAACCUUGAGACUGAUUUACUGUACUGGACCUCAGCGUCUUGAUCUGAGUAAAUCACGUACUUUAAGGAGAUUAAUUAAAGAUUCAUUGGUACGAAGGGCAUAUGGAUAUUGAUCGGAACGAUGAUCAAAGGCUAGACGAGAUUGUAGCGCCUCACAUCAAUUAUCUGAAGUUGAAAAGUUCUUAUAAACCAUUGACUUUAGUCGAUGUCUCUUGUUUGAUGGAAGCUAAUCUUGACAUCUUCAGGAGACAUUCAUCUUCCUGGCAAUUAAACACUCCUUUCAGAGAGAAAGCUGAUUUUCUUCAAACAGGGGUCUUAAAGAUGCUAGCAAAAUUACAAAACGCAGAAAGGCUUUCUUUUGGGGGUUCCCUUCUUCAGGUUUGUAUGCUCAUCCUCUCUAGUUAUUUUCUAUAACGUAGAAUCACUGUUUGUUUGAUGAUUAAUUAAGGUUUCAUUGUUUAACAAAACGUUUAAAAGCCAAAUAAACAUCAUCCGUAAUAUGAACGCUUAUUAAAUAUCAAGCUGGUCUGUAACAAACAUUUUCAUUAACCCGUGAGAGGUUCUCAUUGUUUUUGCUAGAUUCUGUCUCUCGCUGAGCUCCGUGGUGUUUCUUUCCCUACGUUCAAGGUCCAAACAUUGACGCUUAAAACCAGGUUUGCAAAAUCUUCUGUUCCUGGUAUAACAAGGUUACUACAUAACUCACCUGGAUUAAAGAAGCUAAUAGCAGUACCAACACACAUUGAUGACAUUGACAUAGAGGUAUUUUUCUUUUCUUUUAUUGUAUAGUACAAAGACAAUGCAUGCUAUUAUGCUAAUAUGUAUGUAUGCGUUGGAGUAACACUUUUGAUGCUCUGCAGGAUUGGUAUCUGGACAACUAUUUGGAGUCACAAGGCUUGAAUCCAGAUCAAUGUUGGAGAUCAAAAUAUGAUGUGUUUCCUACCUCAGAUGAGUCUGAUGAUAUGAUUGUACGUAAUGAGGAAUCAUCGUGGGAACUCGUGGUGUCGUUCGUUGAAAUGAUGCUGAGAAAUGUAACGACACUAGAGAUGUUGGUGGUAGGGUUGAAACAUAUUGACCGGAGUUUUAAUGAUUCAAACUUGUUAGAAGAUUUGCUUCAGAUGCUUCCUAACAACAAUUAUGUCUCCAUCGUGCUCAAACGCUAAGCAUUUAUAUGAAUGUUACAACAUUUUCAAGAAUCUUACGUAGAGAAGUUAAAUGAUAUAUAUAUGUAUGUGUGUGUGAAUAUCAGAGUGAAAUUUGCAGUUGAAAUUUUGGGUGUGUAAUAGUUUUGUUUUGUUUUAUUUCUCUGUUAAACUAACCAUUACAUGGCGUCUUUCUCUCAACCAAUAUGUAUGUUCAUUAAAAGCUUAGAGAUAAGACUGCUAACUAAAAGAACCGAAAAAAAAUUGUACACAUUAUAUGUGAUUUGAGUUUAAAAAAUAAUAGUAUUGAUUAUUUGGGUUGUACGCAGAUCGAAACAAAUAUGCAUUCCACCUGAUCUUUUGUGUGUACUUUCUAGGAAUAUAUGUAAAUUAAUACUAUGGCAUGACCCUUGAGCUGUUGAGCAUGUGACAGCCUGUAGCUUACCCACAACGCUGAACUUGAGGAACAAAAUGAAUAGAGAAGGAUGAUCCGAUGAUAUAAAGAUUCAAGGGGUAUAGUAAAUCCAUACAUUUAGGCUUGAAAACACAAGAAGUAAUGGGAAAGUUUUACUUAAAUCUCUUGCAAAUUUAGGCUUAAUUUCUGAGCAUGGUGGGUUUAUUCAAAUUCAAGGGUUGAUGGUCUAUCUCGAAGAUGACUUUGUUGGAGAGGAUGAAGAAGGGCUUGUAGAUCCUGAAAACAUGAGCCGGAACAAAAUGCGAUUCAAAUACGAUGAUGAUGAUUGAUUAUGCUGAAUGAACGUGGGCUUUUAUGUAUGUACAUGGAACUGUUUUGCACCUUCUUUCUACAAUAAACAACUUGAGUUUGGGUUUGACCCACGCAGUUAUGCAUGUAUCGUUUGAAAUCGCCUUUGGAUUCAAUUAUAACUAGAGGGUCAUCCGUGCGGAUGUUAAUUUUUAUUGUUUUA